AUGUCUGGCACGGCCGGGGUCGAGGUCCUACGACCAUACGAGAUCGAGGAACCGGAUGAUGACCCGGCACCCCCAGUGCAGCGGAGACUUGGGUUGCCGUGUCUUCCAGACUAUUUUGAGAUAUGGCAGCGCGAGCUGGCCGAUCGCAUCGAUGAUCUGGACAACCAGGUAGAGACAAGCCCAAGGGCUAAGCUUUCAUCAAUCCCGAAAGGAGGUCGGAAGCGAAAGCCAAUUGGUGCAGCUGGCGCUGGUGACUAUUCCCCAACGGAUUCUCACAGAUCCAAGUCCAAGGCCAAGCUAGACGACCCUGCAUUGCCUGGCUGUGGCCUCAAUCCGAAGAGACGCCGUAGACGCAGUAAGCUCACGGAGGAGAUGGACAAAGGUCCUCAUACUGUCUCUCUCCAUGAUUUCCGUGAGGCGGGAGCCAACGAGAGCUCGAGCUCGGACUUGCAGUCCAGUAGUAGUGUUGACGCUACUGACGACACUGCUCUGGCCGAUGAGAUGGACAUUGACUGA